GGAUGUGUAUGCAUUCCACUUCCGCCGAGAGCCCAGAGUCCAUUCAGCAAAGAUGGCGAGUGGAGGGGUCUCGGUGGCUUCGCUGUGGACCGAAGUCAACCGUUGCGGGCAGAAUGGAGACUUUACAAGAGCCCUGAAGGCUCUGACUAGAAUUCUCCACGAAAACCGGGACGAUGUGACGGCACUUCACUGUAAGAUCGUUUGCCUGGUUCAGAACGGCAGCUUCAAAGAGGCGCUGCACGUCAUCAACACGCAUUCAAAAACCAUCACCAGUGAUGUGGUGUUUGAAAAGGCCUACUGCGAAUACCGGUUAAACAGAGUGGAAAAUGCCCUGAAGACCAUCGAGGCCGCUCCUGAGCAAACCGACAAGCUGAAGGAGCUCUACGGUCAAGUGUUGUACAGGAUGGAGCGCUACGAUGACUGCAAGUCCGUCUACACAGAUCUGAUCAGGAACUCCCAGGAUGAGUACGAGGAGGAGAGGAAGACCAACCUGGCUGCUGUGGUGGCUUCAAUGAGUCAGUGGGAGGAAGCUCCAUUGGAAGAUCUCGGCCUUCCGGAGUCCACGUACGAGCUGUGCUACAACGCUGCCUGCGCUCUGAUUGGCCAAGGACAGCUCACGGAGUCCCUCAAUAAGCUACGACAAGCAGAGGAGCUUUGCAGAGUCUCAUUGGCAGAUGAUUCUGAUGUGACCGAGGAGGAUAUCGAGUCGGAGCUGGCCGUCAUCCAUUCUCAGAUGGCGUACGUCAUGCAGUUACAAGGUCGGACGGACGAGGCUCUGCAGCUCUACAACCAGGUCAUUAAGCUCAAGCCGUCAGAUGUGGGGCUGCUCGCUGUGACCGCCAACAAUAUCAUUACAAUAAACAAGGACCAAAACGUGUUCGACUCAAAGAAAAAGGUGAAGCUGACCAACGCGGAGGGCGUUGAAUACAAGCUGGCCACCAAGCAGCUGCAGGCCAUCGACUUCAACAAGGCCCUCCUGGCCAUGUACACCAACCAGGCGGAUCAGUGCAGGAAGCUGUCGUCCAGUCUUCAGUCUCAGAAUCCGGGUCACCCGCGGCCGGUCCUCAUCCAGGUUGCUCAGCUGUGCCGGGAGAAGCAGCACAGCCGCGCCAUCGAGCUGCUGCAGCAAUUCUCAGACCAGCAUCCAGAGAGUGCGUCUGGCAUCAAGCUGACCAUGGCGCAACUGUAUCUAAUUCAAGGUCACGUGACGAAAGCUUGCGAUGUCCUGAGGUCCAUUGAAGAGUUCAAGCACAAAUCGGGGAUGGUUUCCGCUCUGGUAACGAUGUACUCCCAUGAAGAAGACAUCGACAGCGCCAUCGAGGUCUUCAAACAAGCUAUCAAGCACUACCAGACGGAACAGCCCGGAUCUGCUGUACACUUGGCGCUUGUACGAGAAGCUGCCAACUACAAACUGAAGUACGGCCGGAAAAAAGAAGCAAUCAGUGAUCUGGAGCAGCUGUGGAAGCAAAACACCAACGACAUCCACACACUGGCACAACUCAUCUCGGCGUAUUCUCUGGUGGACACGGAUAAAGCCAAAUCCCUCAGCAAGCACCUUCCAUCCGUCGACAUGCUGGCCUUAAAGGUGGAUGUGGACGAGCUGGAGAACUCCAUCGCAGCCACCUACAUCAGGAAAAAAGCGGCUAAAGUCACCGGAGAAAACGCGCCCAAAGAACAAACCCAGGAAGGCGAGAUCAAGAAGAAGAAGAAGAAGAAGAGAGGAAAACUGCCCAAAAACUGUGACCCCAAAGCGACCCCUGACCCGGAGAGGUGGCUGCCCAUGAAGGAGCGCUCCUACUACCGAGGCAAGAAGAAGGGGAAGAAGAAGGAGCAGAUCGGGAAAGGCACACAGGGAACGACGGCAGGAGCGUCGGCCGAGCUUGAUGCCAGUAAGACGGCCAGCAGCCCCCCUACUUCCCCCAGACCAGGGUCUGCGUCUGGCUCCUCUGCGGCCCCCGCUAGCAACGUGGUCCCCCCGCGACAGCAGAAGCCUGCGGCCUCGGGGGCCACGCGCAAGAAGGCACCACAGAAGAAAAAGAAGGGGGGCAAAGGAGGCUGGUAGAGGGGGGGCGGCGGGAAACGCUGACUGUUGGUUUUUAGUUCAAUUUGACUUUUUGUCCUGGUUAUUCAUUUAAAUAUGUGAAACCAGAA